AGCCCUCAGAGCUAAGAUCAAGCUGCCUUCUUCCUUUGGAGCUGAAAUCACUGCCCGCGCUAGGAGGUGAGAUCGCUCUGCUUUCCGGAAGCCAGCCAUGUGCCUGCAGCUCCAGGUUGGCAUCUCUCCCCUGAGGGCAGGUGCAGAGUCUUUGUAAUUCCUGUGGGACUCCACCCUCUGUAAAUCUCUGUAGGGCAGGCUCCUGCCCAGAAGGUGAAGGGAAAGACCUCAUGCCCCCUGGAAUCCUUCAGCCUCCACAGCUCACCCUGCCAAGCACCUAGGCCUGGCCCAAGCAGGGAGCCUGGAGCCAGAGGGAAUGGCCCCUGGGAGCUGCAGACCCCCAGCCCAGGAGCUGGUGACAUUCCAGGAUGUGGCUGUCGACUUCACCCCAGAGGAGUGGGGCCUCUUGGACCCUUCUCAGAAAGAGCUGUACAAGGAGGUCAUGCUGGAGAAUGCCCAGAGCCUGCUGUUCCUGGGACUUCCAGCUCCCAGAGAAGGUUUGAUCUCCCAUUUAGGACAAGGGGAAGCAAUGUGGAUGUUGGAGCAAAAAGACCCCAGAACCUCCUGUCCAGAUGGAGAGACAAGGCUUGACAUGAGGAAGGCUACUGCCAAGUUGAACAUUUCUUCAGAAGAAUCACGACAGCAAAGAUCCAUAAAACCUGGUUCCUGUGACUCAGAUAUCACGAUGGAGAAAAAACAAAAGAGUCACUGUGCAAUUCAUCAAGAUGGAAAGAGUGUCAGACAAUGUUCAGCCCUAAUUCAGUGUAAGAAAAUGACCUCAGGGGACUGCUGUUCACAGGAUCAUAAAUAUAGGGAGUGCUUUACUGAACCAGUAGAGGUAGUUGAGUCUCAUGACAAGCUUCCUAAAGUGCAAACUUAUGGAUGUGAGAAGACCUUCAGCUUGAAUUCAGAACUAAUUAGAUCUCAGAACAGCCAUACUGGAGGAAUGCUUGGUAUCUGUAAUGUAGGUGAGAAGGACCUCAGUCAUAAUUCAGAACUCACUGACCACCAGAAAAUUCAAAAUGGAAAGCAACAUUAUGGAUGUAAUGAAUGUGGUAAAGCCUUUAAGCUACAGUCAUCCCUUAUUUUCCUUCAGAGAAUUCAUACUAGAGAGAAUUCUCAUGAGUGUCAUGAAUGUGGUAAAGUUUGCAGUGAAAACUCAUACCCUAAGUUACAUUACAGAAGACACACUGGAAAGAAGCUUUACGAAUGUAAUCAUUGCAGAAAAACUUUCAGACAAAAGUCCAGUCUUGCUGAACAUCAGAGAAUCCACACUGGAGAGAAACCUUAUGAAUGUGUUAAAUGUGGAAAGGCUUUCAGACACAGCUCUAGCCUUGCUGAACAUCAGAGAAUCCACACUGGAGAGAAACCUUAUGAAUGUAAUCAAUGUGGAAAGAGCUUCAGACAGAGCUCCAAUCUUGCUGAACACAAGAGAAUCCACACUGGAGAAAAACCUUAUGAAUGUAAUCAAUGUAGAAAGAGUUUCAGACACAGCUCAAGUCUUGCUAAUCAUCAGAAAAUCCACACUGGUGAGAAACCUUAUGAAUGUCAUCAGUGUGAAAAAGCUUUCAGAUGCAACUCCAAACUUGCUCUACAUAAGAGAAUCCACACUGGAGAGAAACUUUAUGAGUGUAAUCAGUGUGGAAAGACUUUCACAAACACCUCCCAUCUUGCUCUACACCAGAGAGUUCACACUGGAGAGAAACCUUAUGAAUGUGAUAAAUGUGGAAAGGCUUUCACACAGAGCUCGAGCCUUGCUAAACAUCAGAGAAUCCACACUGGAGAGAAACCUUAUAAAUGUAAUCAAUGUGGAAAGAAUUUCAGACAGAGCUCCAAUCUUGCUGAACACAAGAGAAUCCACACUGGAGAGAAACCUUAUGAGUGUAAUCAAUGUGGAAAGGCUUUCAGCUUCAACUCCAAACUUGCUCUACAUCAGAGGAUCCACACUGGUGAGAAACCUUAUGAAUGUGAUCAAUGUGGAAAAGCUUUCAGACUCAGCUCCCAUCUUGUUCUCCAUCAGAGAAUCCACACUGGAGAGAAACCUUAUGAAUGCAACAAGUGUGGUAAAACCUUCCGACAACAGUCAUCCCUUAUCUCCCAUCGGAGAAUUCAUAAUAGAUAGAAAUCUCAUCACUGUCCUGAAUGAGGAAAGGCAUUCAAAUGGAGUAUAGAGCUCAUUAGACAUCAGAAGAUUCAUUCUGGGGCCAAAUUCUAUAUCGACUCAAUGUUAGGAGGCCUCCUCUUUCCCAAAAGCCUGUCCCCUGGCAAGCUCCCUGCCACUGCCUUCUGUCCAGGGUCCCCAGCCCCUCCCAAACGUCCUGGGGCACCUUCCCCAGCUUUACCACUGACUCACACUUGCCCGACCUUGAGACCUCCCCUUAGGGACCCAGGAGAACCUCCUUCAGCUUCCCUAUCAGGACCCAAGUGUCCUGUCCCCCUGCCCCCAGCUCCCAUACAGAGAUUGUGUUGUCCCACCAGCUGUGCUGGCUCCCUGUAAGGACCUGGAGUCCUGCCUCCUCCAGCCAGGACCUCCUCAGGCACCAAAGCCCCUUCGUGGCCUCCCUUACCUGGACCUGUGUUCUCCUGUGUUACACCUGAAAAUGUGGUUGAAGAAAGCAAGAGAGCUAGGUGAUAGAAAAAUUCAUGUUGUUUAUUAUUUUCCCAUAAAGCAUAGCUAAGCUAGCUUACUUAAUUGUCAAUCCCAAUUGUCAAUCAGCAAAAGCCUGCCAUCCUCCAGUGAGAGCCCCUACUGUGAAUAAAUGCUAUGAAGUACGUACAACGAGUCA